GCUUUUUUAAUAAGUAAAAAGAGGGUGUUUAUCUCAGAUUAUGUCAAAGCGGAGUGCCUCCCCAGAAAAGUACAACUGGACAGAUUCGUUAGGGAAGGCCCUCCACGCUGGUAGCGAAUGGUCAGACAAAGAUGAAUUAUUAGACGUUGUUUACUGGGGGAAACAGAUCCUAUCCUUAGUCAUUGGUAUCGCAUUCGGCGCCGCAUCCAUGCAUGGAAUUCUUGCUAUACUUGCAUAUGUCGUCAUAUCAACUAUGGUCGCUCAACAUUUCGUUGUAAAAUAUCAACAAGUGGACGAAGACGAGGUUGGCGGGUUUUGGGAGUUAGCCAAAGAAGGUUUCGGCUCUCUACCACAGCUCUUAAUCUAUGAUUCGCUGGUUUAUGUCUGCGUUGUCGAGUGGGAAAUAUUAGCUAUCGAUUGA